AUGAACCAGGCUAUUCAAGGUUAUAGCGCUAGGAGAGCCCUGUUUGAGAACUAUGUUCGGACACGUGCGGAAGAAGAACGUAAGGAAAAACGAGGAGCUAAGAAAGCUGCAAUGGAGGAGUUCAAGCAGUUACUGGAAGAAGCAAAGGAGACAUGCAUGGGAAGCUGGCUGACUCUGGGAAACCCAAGCAAUAUGGCUGGAGGUGCAUGGUUGUCUUACUGUGUUGGUGUUCGGUUGAAUGCAUCUGUUAGUAUUUCAGCUUCUCAUGUGACCCAUCUAAAGUAUAGACUUGUACGUGAUAUGUUAGCAUUCCUGCAUGCUAACAGCAAUAUCAACUUACUUAAAGUUAUUGAAGAACAACUUUCUGGCCAAUAUGUGGGUAUCAGGCAAGGGUGGUUGUGGAAAGAGGUCAAAUUUUGUGUGGGUAAAACGAUCCUUCCUCUAAAGAGGGCUGCUGAAGAAAAGGCUCUGGCACUGCGUGCAGCUACUGCUUCCAGUUUCAGGUCCAUGCUUCAGGAAAAAGGAGAUAUUUGUACAAGUUCUCGUUGGUCAAAGGUGAAGGAUAGCCUAAGGAAUGACCCUCGGUACAAAUCUGUUAAGCAUGAGGAAAGGCAGGCUUUAUUUAAUGAAUAUAUAUCUUCACUAAAGGCUGCCGCAGAGGAAGCAGAACGAACGGCUAAAGCCAAACGGGACGAGGAGAACGUCGUACCUGCUGCCUUUGACUUUGAUUGGUCAAUGGUAAGGCCUUCGACUGUUCAAUCUUCGGCUGAGUCGCAGCCCAAAAAGAGAGAGCAGUGA